AUGCAAAUCGAUCAGCAGUGGAAGGAGUGUGAGCACAGAUCAUUUGAACCUCCACCGAGUCCACCCGUUAGCUUGAAUGAACCCUCUAUUGACCACCUCCACCCGUCUUCGGCAGCAAUCACCACCACCAAACCAAAUAUAAAGCAGAAAUCUUUAAAUUCCCUUGUUCCUUCCCCACAGCCUUUAUCUCCUCCACUCUCUUCCACUUCAAACGUUGACGACGAUAUCGCUCUUAGACAGGCUCAAUUGAAGCAAGAACGCGCUGAUAAAGUUAAAGUCGCUCAGCAGGCUCAACAAGCUCAAGAGCAACACGAGUCUCAGGCUAUAAAGAAGCGUCAGUCCUCUGAACAACCCCUCGUUGGCAACUUGAUCGGCGAAGACCACGCAAAUUACGUCCUUAUGUACAAUAUGCUCACUGGUAUACGCAUUGGCGUCUCUCGCUGCCAGGCUAAACUCAGAAAGCCCCUUUCUGACGCUGAUUUCAAAGCAAAGCACAAAUUCAGUUUCGAUAUUAUCGGUAAUGAGCUUACUCCGUCUGCAAAAUACGACUUCAAGUUUAAAGAUUACGCUCCUUGGGUCUUUAGAAGCUUACGUGAUGAUUACUUUCAUCUAGACCCCGCUGAUUACCUACUCUCUCUCACUGCUAAAUAUAUCCUCACUGAACUCGGUAGUCCAGGUAAAUCUGGCUCUUUCUUCUACUUUUCCCGUGAUUUCAAGUACAUAAUCAAAACCGUAUCACAUACCGAACAUAAAUUCCUCCGAUCUAUACUCAAAGAUUAUUAUAAUCACGUAAAGAGCAACCCACACACUCUACUCUCUCGUUUCUACGGUUUACAUCGUGUUAAAUUACCUCGUGGUCGCAAAAUUCACUUUGUUAUCAUGAACAACCUCUUCCCUCCGCAUAGAGAUAUUCAUGAGACUUACGACCUCAAAGGUUCAGCCAUAGGUAGAGAGUAUCCAGAAGAGAAGGCCAGAGAAAAGCCAGGCGCGGUACUAAAAGACAAGAAUUGGGUUAAUCGACAUCGCUCACUUGAGUUAGGACCUGAAAAGCGCGCUCUAUUCCUUACUCAACUCCAAAGAGAUACCAUGUUGCUACAGAAAUUGGGCAUCAUGGAUUAUUCACUCUUGUUGGGUAUUCAUGAUAUGACCAGGGGAAACUCUGAAGGUCGACGCAAGGAGACACUCAAAGUAUACCAGCCUCAACUAGAAGAGCCAGUACCUGAAGAUCAGCCUUUGAACACGGGUAGUACAUCAAUUCAAAGACGAAUGUCAAGCGCUAUCCAUAGAGGCGAAGGUCGUAAUGUCCGUAUGUCUAUUAAACGAACAGAGCCUAAGAAUCUCGACAAGGAUCCAACGCGCGCUUUGAAUAAUGCAGAUAUUGCUGAACGACGUCAUUUCUGGUUCUAUCAAGAUGAAGGAGGGUACAGAGCUACUGAUGAUAACAACGAAGAUUUGAAUAUGAUAUACUACCUUGGUGUAAUAGAUAUCUGUACACCGUACAAUUUCGUCAAACGGAUCGAACAUCGGUGGAAAUCUUUGACGCAUGAAUCACAAAUGAUAUCGGCAGUACCAGCGCAGCAAUAUGGAGAUCGAUUCAUUCAAUUUAUGAAAUCUAUAGUAAGAGGUGCAGACUUGACUCAACGCCCCAAGAUGGAGUAA